AUGUCCGUUGUCGACCCGGUGUUACGAAGCUCUCCGUCCUGUCCACAGUGCGGCUUUGACGGAGCCCGCUCCCAGUUUGAAGAUGUCGAUGCAAGACUUGCGCAGCAGAAAAUAUCUGAGUUAGAAACGCAGAUCAAGUUUCUGAACCGGCGGGCGGCCGCAACAGCGGAAAAACUUGCGGACUAUGAGGAUGAAAUCCGCCUCCUCCGCUCCAAGUCACCGCCCGCUUACUCGUCGACGACUGCACUCCCACAGACACCUACUCUGGGUCCUCAAGCGCAAGGCGCUUCGCCGUCGCCGCCCCAGCCAAAACAGCCCCAGCACAACCGCCUUGCGACCCUAACAUCCUUUCUUCCUUAUGGCAAACGCCUCAGUUCAUCCGCCAACGGUGCUCCGCUCACCCAUACUGUUUCUUCCCCUGAAAGCAGUAUAGCCUCGCCGCCCCGAACCGCCGAUUCCACCCUCACUGCAUCCUUGCAAGGCGCGCUCCAACGCGAGCAGGAGCUCCGCAAGGCCGCUGAGUCACGGUUAACACAAGCAAACUCCGAGCUAGAAGAGCUAACAACACAGUUGUUCAGUCAGGCGAACGAGAUGGUAGCGCAGGAGCGGAAGGCGAGGGCCAAAUUAGAAGAGAGGGUAGAGUUGCUUGAGAAGAGAGACAGUGAGAAACGGAGGAGGCUUGAUCGGCUGGAGAAAGCAAUCCAGAGAGUAGAACGCCGCCAACCACCCAUCUCGGUUGGCGUGAAGGAGGAAUUCGACGUUGAAGACCGACCUCGAAAUUCACCACCCAGCCGACAACCCGUACGACCAGCUUCGGCACGCGAUAACACCGUCAAGAUGGUCGCCGCAAAGAAGCACGUUCCCAUUGUGAAGAAGCACACCAAGCGCUUCAACCGCCACCAGUCGGACAUGUUCAAAUGUGUCCCAUCCUCAUGGCGUAAACCAAAGGGUAUUGACAACCGUGUUCGAAGACGGUUCAAGGGCCAGGCUGCUAUGCCAAAGAUUGGUUAUGGCAGCAACAAGAAGACGAGACAUAUGAUUCCAUCCGGCCACAAGGUUUUCCUGGUCAAGAACCCCAAGGAUGUCGAGCUUCUCCUCAUGCACAACCGCACAUAUGCAGCUGAGAUUGCUCACGCCGUCUCUUCCUCAAAACGCGUCGAUAUCAUUGCCAAGGCUAAGCAAUUAGGUGUUAAGGUCACCAACCCUAAGGGCAGACUUACGACGGAAUCAUAA